AUGACAGAAGAUCAUGAAAAUGAUACAGUUGUAUGUAUCCUCAAGGCAAUAAUUUUUGUUUCGCUUGGAAAUGAACUACCGCCUUCGGCUGCAUCGUCAAAACCAACGUUGAACUGGAAUGCGUCUCCAGACCAACAUUACACCGUUAUAAUGAUUGAUCCAGACGCCCCUUCUCGAAAAAAGCCGAUGCUCCGCGAUUAUCUGCAUUGGGUAGUUGUGGACGUUCCUGGAAGUCAUCUAAAAUACGGCAAGGAGCUCGUGUCCUACAUGGGACCUCACCCUCCUUCAGGCACAGGUUUGCACAGGUACUAUUUCCUUGUCUACAAGCAAUCAAAACCAGUUUCACUUGAAAAAAUGGCUAGGGCAAGCUUCGACACGCACAGAUUUGUCGACGAAAACGAAUUGGGAAAGCCAAUAGCAGGGAAUUAUUUCCAGGUGAAUAAACCUUGA